CGCCACCUUUACAUGCACCUGUUUUACCCUGCAUCCCCUGCAGCCAGGGCAGCCGAGCAGCGCCGAUAUUCAGACAGCCUUCCGUCCGCACUGUUGUCACCGCUAGCGUCGUCUUACACCUCUGUUUGCCCACCCUGUUUCCACACAAACAGCACCCCGUGUGUACGGAGCAGAUGAGGUAGUGUCCACUCGGCCUGGGCCGUCCGUAGAGUAGCGCGCGUGCCAUCGGCAGGGAGAAGCAGUCCACCCGAGGAUUCAACAUGCGGUGGUCGGUGAUGUUGUUCGGGCUCGGCUUCGGCCUCUUCUUCGCACAGAUAACACCCUCUGGCUCCCAGCAGGGUUUCAACGACGUAGACGUCAGAAAAUGGGCGGAGAAUUUCGGUGCGAAUCUGUACCGACUGAGCACGUACUUCAGCGGAGCAGACCUCCUCAGAACUGAAUAUAAAGAAAACAACAACUGGCAGAUAGUAAAGAUGAACGGCACUGAGAUGGUCCAGAAGUUUGCAAAGGACAUGUUCGAUAACCUGGCUUCCAAGCGGUCGGCGGUGGAGAGUCUGACGCACCAGGCAGAAGAGGCAAACAAGGCGCACGACUACGAUGCCAAUAUUGAGCUCCAAUAUCCAAACGCCAUGCUCAUCAAUAAGAAGGAUGACAAGGGAAACCCCGUACACCCGCGGCUGGCCCCGGACUUCAUGCUGAAGGAGAAUGAACAUUUCAACGACAUCCCUGUCAAUAUGGAGCAGAGUGAUGUACAGGUGCCAGUCAACGUGUACAAUGAAGCGCCAGACGUGCUGAACGCUGUCAAGUGGUCAAAGAAUCUUGACCCAGUCUUCAUAGACAACGGUAAAAAGGACCCGACGUUAACAUGGCAAUACUUUGGCAGCUCAACAGGGUUCUUUCGCCAAUACCCAGGUACAUCCAGGCCGCCACGUCCCCUAAAGACAUUGUCAUCGUGGUGGACAGGAGUGGAAGUAUGAAGGGACUUCGCUUGGAAAUAGCCAAGCAAACCGUCGACACCAUUAUCGAUACAAUGUCAGACAACGACUUCUUCAACGUCAUAGCAUUCAACAAAGAUGUGACCUACAUCGAGAAAUGCUUUGUGAACACGUUGGUACAAGCCACGUCGGACAACAAGGAGCUAUUGAAGAAUGGAGUUCGGCAGCUUCAGGCUGAUGGAAUGGCGAACUUUGAGACUUCCCUCGACGCGGCUUUCCAAAUGCUCCGUGACUUCAACAACACAGGCCAGGGGUCGUGGUGUAACCAGGCCAUUAUGGUGAUCACGGACGGAGCUCCGAGAAACUAUGAGCAGAUAUUUCGCCGUUAUAACCACCCCGACAGAAGGGUUCGUGUAUUCAGCUAUCUGAUUGGUCGCGAAGUCGGUGAGUCUGCGCCGGUGAAGUGGAUGGCCUGCGCUAACAAGGGUUACUACACCCAGAUUGCAACACUGGCUGAUGUACAAGAGAACGUCAUGAAAUACAUCCACGUGCUUAGCCGCCCUAUGGUUAUCAGAAGAGCCCAUGGCACAAUCUGGACCAACGUCUACAUGGACAGCUCGGGAAGAUACAAGGAAGCGUUAAAACUAUAUGACCCGGAGGGUCUAGCCUUGAUGACGACCGUUGCACGACCCGUGUUUGACAUGAAGAACCAAACGAGCUUAGAAGGAAACCUCUUGGGAGUUGUGGGGAUUGACGUCCCCGUGAGCGAGCUGAUGAAGCUCGCCCCACCACUCAAGAUGGGUGUGAAUGGCUACGCCUUUGUCAUCACGAACAACGGAUACAUCCUGACCCAUCCAGACCUUCGACCAACGGUUGUCAUGGAGCCGGGUGGAGACCCGAUCACCAAACCCAACUACAACAGUGUGGAUUUAGGCGAAGUGGAAAUUUCUGACACGGAAGAGAAAUUACGUACCAGCAUGGUGAAACGUGAGACGGGAUCGCUCACGAUGAAAGUUCAAGAACACCUGGACAACAUGAAAAGAGUGAUGGUCCACUACAACUCAUACUACUUUACAAAAAUAGACGAAACUCCUUUCAGCUUGGGAAUUGCGAUUCCCAGUCCCUAUGGACAAUUCUUCGUCCAGGGUACGGUAAAAGAUAGGAGCAAAGGUCUUGAUCCACUUCGAAAAGGAGCGACGGGGCCAGUACUAGCGAAAUGGAAGUAUUGCCAGCUCACCACUGCUGAGGCGAACAACAUGACGCAGCUGGACGCCAUCGUCAGGUAUCUGGAGAACGAUAACAAGGGCAGCGCCAAAAGCCCGGUCAUCGCCAAACAAUGUAACAGAGAACUUGUGGAUCACGUGAUGUUCGACGCUGCUAUCACGGAGGUGCUGGAUUCCUAUUGGAUUGCCGUUAAGGGGAACAGCACCAAGCAUGGAAUUCAGCAGGUUUUCGUAGGAACCAAGGGCGGAGUGACCCGCUUCUACUCAUACCUGGAGCAUCCUGAUGAGAUGACAGAGCGGGACUUUAUCAAUAAAACCAAGAACACAAUCCAGGCGACGUACUACAAGCGUGCAGCUGAGCUUGGUCCUGGCUACUUUGUGUACUCCGUACCGUUUGAUCAGGGCCUGUCCAAUGAUACCAACUUCGUAGUGACCGCAUCGACCGCAAUCUUCUUACAAAAGGGCGGACCGAGGGCAGUCGCUGCAGUGGCCGGACUUCAGAUGAACCACGAAUCGUUCAGCAAUCUGUUCUUUGCUGCUACGGCUAAGUGUGCUGACAGCACCAGGCCUGAGGACUGCAUUAGCUGCGAUGAGGACGAUGAUGUAGACUGCUAUCUACUGGACGACGGAGGAUACAUCGUUGUUUCAGAACAAUCAGAGGACAUCGGGAGAUUCUAUGGUGAAAUCGAUGGGACCAUGAUGUCAGAGAUGGAAGAACUCGGCCUCUAUGACAAGAUUGACCUGAUAGACUACCAGGGUAUGUGCAGAACAACUUCUGCUGACUCCACUGCUGCGGCAUCACGGUUACUUAAUCCGAUUAUGAACCUGAUAGGCUACGUCCUGUGGUGGUCGAAGGAACUGGUAGUACUACUGGCGCAAUUUAGCCUGUACAAUUUGCUAUCGGGACAGUUUGAGUAUGCGUCAGCAGGCUCAGGGCCAGAUUACGCACCAUGUGAUAAGGGCGUCACCCUUUACAAGGCCAACUUCUCUAUCAACAAGGAGAUGGGUUUUGACGGCUACAUGGACUGUAACGACUGUCAAAAGUCGUUCAGCAUCAAACUGGUGCCGAAGAGCAACCUGAUCCUGCUGGCUGUGGGCAGCAGCUGUCCCUGUAACCUGGUCUCCAACUUCGACCUCGUCCCACAGGAAGUCAGCUAUGGCUCCAAUGACACCCUGCUCUGUGAGAGACGGUUGUCACAAAAGGAACGUCGCCGGCCAGACAAAUGCUACAACUACCACGCCAAGGAAGAUCCAAAGAAAUGUGGACGAGCCAGUUCUCUGGUGGUGUCACCGCUGCUUCUUCUCCUCACCCUUCUCUUCACGGUCAAAGAAGCCUUCCUGCCGCGCACGUGAGGAUCGCACGGUGGCGCUACAGACAACACUUCAUACUCCAAUAACUCCGCGUGCAAUGCUGUGCAUGAUGACAGUCAAGUGUCCAAAGAGGAAAUAUUUUACUCUUUCUAUGAUGUACCAAUCUUAUAUCUACCCGUGACUUCUUGUGACUUAUAGCGGUGUACUCCCGUUCCAUUUGUCUUCUGUUUGUUUGAAGACUGUACACCCAAUUUAUUAGUGUUGGCAAUUUUCCAUCCUCAAGUCGACCUUUCAAGAUUUCUGUGACCUUCCAAUUGCAAUGGAAAUUAUUUUCUGCAUUGAAUCCAGAAGUCAUAAGAUCCGUUUAUCUAUUAUCAAGCUGACAUGAAAUCUACAGAACACCUUACGAUCAAGUAUUUCAUACCUGGACUCGAGAAGUACAGAAGCAUCACGGUUCUGUUCGGACGCAGCACAGAGUGAGUUUUAUGGAUUUACAAGAUUUUGUCAGAAAGAAAUGAUGUGUAUUUUGUAAGUAGAGGGAAGAAAAAUGAGGGCAACUGUUGUUUUUGCCGAUAUUACGAAGUCUGUUUUACCUGACCUCCUAAUUUUUUUAUUAUCACGACUGGGGUCUCUAAACAUCGAGUUGUUUUAGUCUUCUAGUUAGCUUUGUUUGUCAUGUAGGUAGCAUGUAUCUGGUUUAGUUAGCGUAUGCGUAAAUGUUCGUCUACAUCAACUAAAACAGAUGUUUUAUUUUUUAUACCUUUUGUGCAGUAGAAAAACAAGGUGCAUAGAAAUACUUGGGACGAAAGGAUUGCGAAAUACGUUUAAGACAAAGUCGCACCCUUUUGGCCCAUCGUGUGAAAGAAUAGGCGUGUUCAUGAUCAAAUCUUAAAGUAUCACAAAAAAUCAAGUCAAAGUAAGGAAGGCGUCUUUGUGACUAAUUUUUUUUCCUUCAAAGCCAUCUGAUUACCACUUUGAACAGUACAUGAUGGACAACACAUACUUUUAUUUAUAGUUGUACUUUAUUCAACAAAACACGUCCAGAUAUACAUCGUGUGUUUCUUUGACAAAAUAAUCACAGUGGCUGAUGGCUAUGUAAAUAAUCGAAGGAUGCUACAGCUACUGAAUCUAACAACAAUCGCAACACUGUAGGAUAGGCUCUUUUCAUUAAUAAACAUAUAGGAGAACAUGUAACAUGCUUGUGGAAAUGUCACAUCAUUAACCAAGAUAACGUUGAUCUUUUAGAGACGUACUGUUGCCUUAUAUGCUGUGAUCGCUAGCCUGAGACCCAGGCUUGGUCAGC